UAACGACUUCAACGAAGCAACGUCAUUGCUAUGACAUUAUUACUGAAGUGAACAUCUCUGACUUACAAAAAAGCGGAAUGUAGGAAUGUACCAUUAAUUAUGUAGGAAACGCGUAUACAUAAUAAGGGAAACGUCACAGAAAUCGACUACAGUAAUGACCUAUGACAAGGUACAGUUCUCCAUGGACAGAGAUCGUCAGACUGACAGGAAGUCGGAGGCCAGAAGUAAGGAUGAUGAUCGGACCGACGACAAAAGGCGUUUUAAACCUAGAAGCAAACAGAAGCGUAAAAGCUUUUACGAGGUUUCAUUGGACCACAUCGACGAAUCACACGAGCCGAUCGUCUGCUCAACCGUCCAAUGCGUACCGGGAAAGGAAAGCUUAAAUCCCGCACAAAUUGUUAGAACGACGGUCAUCAAACAGUAUUCUGACGUUGUCGGCAUUGCCGUGUCCAUUGAGAAAAAGAUGAGCGAAAACACAGAUUCCGAAUUCGACGCAAAGACAAAUGACACUGAUGAUGACGACGCUUUCGGUGAUCUGAGAAAGGAAAUCCACAGAGAACCAAUGGAAGUUCAAUAUGCGUUCGAUCGACAAACAUCAGUAGAUUCAGAUGAUGCAAGCGAAGGGCGUCGAAGCAAGAAAGGUGUAAAGUUUGAACUUAACGGCAGAAACCAGACGAUGCCAACAAUGCAGUACGAGGUCAAUUCAGAACAUUCAAAUCGAAGUGAAGAGGGUCCUAAAAUAGGUUCACAUGAGAAUAAUGAAUUCACAACUAACAACGAGCACGAGCCAUUGACAACAUCGAUUCUGACUAAAAGUAGUUCGGCAGACGUAAAUUUGAUGGAGAAUAACGUCAAACUGCCCUCUGUGAACAAAUGCCAACACAUGCUGCACAUAAAUGGACCGGAUAGGGAUCUAAUCUUACGUAAAAAGUUCAAGCAAUGGGACAAACCAGAGGGCUCUUGUAUAAUCUGCGAUAUCAAGGACGCCACCGCCAAGUACGCCUCUGUGGAGGCCAAUAGAAUACUCAUGGAAAUAGUGUACCCGCACAGAUUCUACGACAAAUUCCAGAGAUCAGGAAAAGGCAAAUCUCAAUCUGGUGCUGUCACACGGACACCGUCCUUCACGAAGGACGCUAUAAAUAUUUGCCGACAAGCGAAAGUGUCGCCGAAGCUUGGCCGAAGAGAGCGGACUAUGCCGGCGACGUAUCGCUCUUCCGGGGAGGCAUCUCAUACUCUCAGUGCUCGGGAGUCUUUCAGAAAAUGGGCUGCGGACAGGCUAGAGCAGGAUUAUACAGCGGAAAAGCGGUCAAGGAGGGAAGAAAAGACACGGCACGGGAGUCAGGAGGCUCACUUGCGUUGCAAAGAAAAGACGAGUGCGUUUGUGAUAACGGAUGACAGCGAGGGGCAGAAACUGGUCCUGAAGGGUCUGAAAGGCUGGCUGAUGAAACAUUAUGAUAACAAACGACCGAAGGAGAACAAAGAUGUCAAGAAAUCUAUGUAUCUAGUGGGCAGUCUGGGGAUUCAAUUCGGGAUUCCUGAAUACAACGCUUCCUUGCAUGACCGGAAAACAACAUCCCCACCUCCUAGCGCAUGCGCAAACUCUCCAAGACAUGUAGAAUCUCACCAGCCAAUGAAACGACCUGUUACUCACAUUGUUAGCCCACGUGUUCAGUUCCACACCAAUCAUAAUGAGUCACGUGAUAUCCACUCUGUGCCAAAGCGUUCAAUUGAUGGAGUGAGUAGGACCUAUGCGAGCACGUUUGUGCCAAAACUCUUCGAAGAUAAGCUAAACGAGGAAGAAACGAAAAGUAAUGAAUCAGAUAGGGACUCGGUCAAACUUAAAAAUAGAUACCGCAAACAAAACACCAGUGUGACGUUGCCUCCUAUAAGUCGUGAUCUCAGAUCAAAAUCACUAACAUUUAGUCUCAUCUGAAUACCAAAUUGUAUAUCAUGUCCAUAUUUACUAACAGGUGCAAUACUGUUAUUUGAUUAGAACUUUACAAUUGGAUGCUUGUUAUUUCCAUGUCAUAUUUUAUUCAUUACACGUAAUAAAUUGCAAUGUUUUA